AUGUCAUUAAGAGCAGCACAAAGCACACGAGAGAUCUUGAAGCACUUGUCUUCAGGACCUGGUGCCGCCAAGUUACCUUCCAAUGUGUCCAAAAUUGCAUUGACAUUUGCAUCCAAGGGAAAGAACGAGAGCGCAGGUGCUAGACACUUUUUACAAGAGAACCUUCCUCGCAUCAGAUACAACAACCCCAAUAUUGAGUACGAAGUCUACAAGACAUUGGAUACCUCCACCAAGCCCACCAUUGCUGUUCAUUUCUCAAAUGGCACUUCCAAAGUCAUUGAGAUCCCUCGAGUUCAAUCCAAUGUUAUUGUUGAUCAAGUGUUUGCUGCCACACCCUAA